CGACUACCCCCGCCCGUGUGCCAGUACUCCGUGUGUUACACGCCAAUUUGUGAGCAAAAACACCCCAAGCUCAUCACACCCUCCAAGCCGUUCAUAAAAGACACCCCCAAAGCAAUUUUCACAACUUUCGGGUUCAGUUGUUCGUCCGUUGCCUCGAUUGCGUCGCAAUAUUUUGACAGCGUGGCCCUUCCCGUGACAAUGCCCGGGUAUAAGAGAAGAGUCUGAAGGGUUCGGAGCCCCCGGGGCUCCACUUUCAUGCCAUCAACAGCUGGGACAUGGUGAAUAUCCAACGAGGUAGCUCGUCCCUUGGGGGUAUCAGAUUGUUGUUGCUGGCCUAUGGAAUCAGUCUAGUGUGCGGGGUAUGUGGUUCAGCAAGUUCAUCAGGCUCUUCAGUCUUCUCGUCAAUAGCCAACACUACUAGUGAUGGUAGCGGCCCUCCAGCUCAUAGGGGAGCAGCUCGACAGAUGUUCGGAUCUGGGCAGCUGCGACCAGCCAAUCAACGACCAGCCGUCUAUGCCACUGGUCGACAUACCUCACCUAGAGGCUCAACAGAACAACCUCCACCUUAUGGUGCCGUUCCCGAGUCUCCACCCUUUUAUGGCCAAGGGCCACCAUUGGUCAUGACCAAGGAGGAGCUGGGAAGGUUUUUCGCUCAUUUCCAGCCAAACGCAAUGCAAGGUUUCCCAAAAAAUGAGAGGCCUUUAAGUCGUGGUGGUGUAUAUGGAACAGAACAGGGUCGUUCAAGGCACACAGUGGCCAUAGGAAAGUACCCCCUGGAUUUGGGGUUUCUGAUAGGUAAAGGACUACCACCAGUAGACUAUGUAGAACCACCUUUCCUAGGCCGGUAUCCACUUAGUCGAAUUAAUGAUUACGACGAUGAAAGGAUUCCUGUUAGGCCAGAAAAUGAUGAAUUGGAAGAAAAUAUCCAUAUAGCGGCGGAAUCAGACUGUGAAAAAAGGUGCAAAACUGAUGAAUGGCUGUGCGAUGUAAGAUGUAUUUGUAUAAAAAGAGAAGAGAGAUGUGAUGGUAAAAACGACUGUGGUGAUAACGAAGAUGAAUUAGACUGUACAGAUCUAGAGCAACAUACUAUAGAUUGCGACGAGUCCAAAAACUAUGUUAUGUGUCCAAGGACAAUAAAAUGUAUUUCCAAGGAUUGGCUUUGCGACGGAGACGAUGACUGUGGAGAUUUAUCUGAUGAAACAAAUUGCAAUUUUAAAUCCAACUGUACAGAAAACGAAUUCAGGUGCACGAACGGGCUUUGCAUUCCGAAACAAUGGCUGUGUGAUAAUGACAACGAUUGUAAAGAUCUUUCUGACGAGAACUGUACAACGUUUGGAUGCAACGAGAAUGAAUUUGAAUGCACUGAUACUAGCUGUAUCUCGCUGAGCUGGAAAUGCGAUCGCCAUAUUGACUGCACGGAUGGGUCAGAUGAAAUUGAUUGCGAAAUAAUACCACCCACUUGUGAGAACAAUGAGUUUCAAUGUGCUUCUCAUAAAUGCAUUAAAGAGGAAUUCAAAUGCGAUGGAGAUGACGACUGUGAAGAUUGGAGUGAUGAAGAUGAUUGUCCUAAAAUACCUGGAAGCUGCGUUCAAGGAGAAUUCAAGUGUAACAGAGGAAACUGCAUUCCCGAGAGGUAUCGAUGUGAUAAGCAACAGGACUGCGAAGAUAAUGAAGAUGAAGCAAACUGUGAUUACAACGUUACAAAAACAUGUGCACCUGAUGAAUUUACUUGCAAUAAUGGGGCUUGUAUUUUGAAAACCUGGCGAUGUGAUGGCAAUGAAGACUGUCCCAACGGUGAAGACGAAGCCAAGUGCGAGAUAGAAUGCGACGCUUCCAAAUUCCCCUGCAGCGGGUAUGGCAAUAAUACGGCGAUAGAAUUCUGUAUCAACAAAAAGUACAGGUGCGAUGGGCAAAAAGAUUGUCCAAAAGGCGAGGAUGAACAUAACUGUCCCAAAAGCAGAGAGUGCGAACGGGACACCAAGUGUGAACAACUGUGUAUCACCACUGCUGAUGGGAAGAAGGGAUGCUCCUGUUUCAAUGGGUACCAGUUGGCAAAGAAUGGAUACAGUUGUGAGGAUAUCAAUGAAUGUCUUUUCGCCACCGAUCCAGUCUGCUCACAAACAUGCAAUAAUACCAUAGGAAGCUUCAAGUGUGGUUGUAUGACGGGCUAUGUUCUGAGGCCGGAUAUGAGAACCUGUAAAGCUUUGGGUGCACCACCAACUCUUUUAUUCGCCAACAGAGUUGAUAUCAGACAGGUUUCCUUAAGCAAUACCAAAUACAUCUCAAUAAUAAAAGGUCUUCAUAACGCCAUCUCUUUGGAUUACCACUACGAGAAGGGCUUUAUAGUUUGGACUGAUGUAUCGCAGGAUACUAUCUGGCGUGCAUAUAUCAAUGGAACUAAUAUAACAGCUAUUGUUAGAUCCGGCUUGGAAUCACCCGGCGGUAUCGCUUUAGACUGGAUCCACGAUUUGAUCUUUUGGACAGAUUCCGGCACCAGGAGAAUUGAAGUGGCCACCCUAGAUGGCAGACGUCGCUCAAUUAUAGCCGCAAGCGAAGUAGAUAAACCUAGAGCCAUUGCUGUACAUCCUGGCGAGGCCUUGGUAUUUUGGACAGACUAUGGGCCCAAUCCAAAGAUUGAGAAAGCUGAGAUGGAUGGGUCUAAUAGAAAGAGUAUCAUUAUGGAAUCCGUCUUCUGGCCAAAUGGUUUGACCAUCGACUACACAAUGAACCAGAUCUACUGGGCAGACGCUAAACAUAACGUUAUUGAAACGGCAAUGUUUGAUGGGUCCCACAGAAGAAAAGUAGUAAGCAAGGGACUGCCUCAUCCUUUUGCCAUUACAAUCUUUGAAGAUGCUCUUUUUUGGACAGACUGGCAUACCAAAUCGAUAUCUACAGCCAACAAGAUCACUGGAGCUGGUUUGAAACCAGUUCAUUCUCAACUACACUUUCCUAUGGAUAUACACAGCUAUCACCCACAACGGCAGCCAAAAUACAAAAACCGUUGUGGUGAUAAUAAUGGAGGAUGUGCGCACUUAUGUCUGCCCAACAGAAAAAGUUAUGCUUGCGUAUGUGACUUAGGACAGAAACUUAAAUCCGACAAGAAAACCUGUCAGAAACCAGACAAAUUCCUAUUAUUUGCAAGAAAGAAAGACCUGAGGAUUAAGUAUUUGGAUGGUAAUGCUCCAAAUCAGUAUGAAAUGGUGAUACCAAUAAGCGGAGUAAAGUCUGCCGUAGCUAUAGCAUGGGACUCAAAAACAGACACUAUCUAUUGGACAGAUGUGGAUAGAAGUUCCAUAAACAAAGCAUUUUGGAAUGGAUCAGAUCAUAAAAUUUUGGUCCACACAAAUUUAAUUUCACCAGCAGGCAUAGCCUUAGACUGGGCAACAGAUAAGUUGUACUGGACGGAUUCCGAAUCUCACACCAUCGAAGUAGCAAACACCGACGGUUCAAUGCGAUGCCUCUUAGUCUGGGAGGAGCUUCAAAAGCCCAGAGACAUCGCGACCGAUCCUCAAGCUGGUUUGAUGUUUUGGUCCGAAUGGGGGGAAGUGCCGAAGAUAGAAAGGUCCAACAUGGAUGGUAGCAACAGGCAGGUGAUCGUCAGCGUGAAUUUGACUUGGCCCAAUGGUUUGGCUGUUGAUCAUUCCACGAGCAAGAUCUAUUGGACGGAUGGGGGCCUGAGAACGAUUGAGUAUGCUAACAUGGAUGGGUCCAGUAGGAAAGUAUUAUUAGGUGGAAACAGCAUGCCUCACCCAUUUGGACUGGACGUUUUUGGCAAUCAUGUCUAUUGGACCGACUGGGAAUCGCACACCAUAGAGAAAGCACACAAGGCGACCGGAAAGAAUAGAACAAUUAUUUCUAGUAACAUGAACGAUUUGAUGGACGUCCGGAUAUUCCACAGGAACAGAAAAACUUUCAAACACUCUUGCAUGGAAAAUAACGGAGGGUGCAGUCAUUUGUGUCUGCUGAGGCCGAAAAGUCAGUCCUGCGCUUGUCCAACAGGCAUCAGGCUAGAGGAUGAUGGAAAGACAUGUCGAUCUCUUCCCAAAAAUUUCAUCAUCUUCGCCCAUCGAACCGACAUCAGAUUCAUCUCCUUGGACGUACCUUAUUUGGCUGAUGUAGUACUACCAUUGACCUCGUUGAAGAAAGCUACAUCACUAGACGUGGAUACCAAAACCGGUGAGAUCUAUUGGAGCGAUACUGAGGAGGAUACAAUCUCCAGAGCUACAUCUGAUGCGAAAUCCAGGGAUGUGAUUUUGAUGUUCGAGAUGGAAGCUCCUGAUGGUAUUGCUGUAGAUUCGAUCGGUAGAAAGGUAUACUGGACAGAUGGUGAGCGAAACAGCCUGGAGGUAGCUGAAUUAAAUGGAAAAAACAGAAAAGUGUUGUUUAAUAGGGAUCUGGACAAUCCAAGAGCUAUAACUAUCUAUUACAGAUAUGGUUUGCUAUUUUGGUCAGAUUGGGGCAAGAAUGGAAAGAUCGAAAUGGCGCAUAUGGAUGGUACCAGUAGGAAAGUUCUUAUCGGCACCAAGAUAGCAUGGCCGAACGGCUUAACCAUAGAUCACCUGGAACAACGCAUCUACUGGAACGACUGCAAACUCAACACCAUAGAAUCCAGCGACCUGGAUGGCAAAAACCGCAACCUGAUCAUAUCCAACGUACCACAUCCCUACGGCCUGGUGGUAGUCAAGAGCCACAUCUACUGGACAGACUGGCAGACCAGGGCUCUGCAUAGGGCAGACAAAGUCACGGGGGCAGACAGGGUGAUACUGAAAGACAACCUGGAAGGGUUGAUGGAAGUCAGGGCAGUACAGAUGGGGACCAAGGGUGAAAAUGUGUGUGGUAGUAACAAUGGAGGAUGUUCCCACCUUUGCUUAAGGAAUCCGACGUCGUAUUCAUGCGCCUGCCCUACAGGGUUGAGGAAAUCGAAGCUGAAUGUGAACCAUUGCGAACCUAUUCCUCAGACGUUUCUUCUCAUAGCUACAAGGUAUGUUUUAAGUCAGAUAAGCCUGGACACUGGUGACGAAUGGGACGUCACAUUGCCUGUAGAACAAAUUCGCAAUGCCAUCGACGUAGACUUUCACUGGGAGAAGAAACUGAUCUUCUACACUGAUAUCGAACGUAACGUCAUACAAAGCGUUUCUAUGUACAACAUAUCUGAUGUCCAAACCAUUUUGGAUAAGAAUCUCAAUUCAGCCGACGGAAUUGCUGUGGAUUGGAUAGCGGAUAACAUCUACUGGACAAAUACUGGCAACAAAGUGAUUGAAGUAGCAAGACUAGAUGGCACUAGCCGUACAGUCUUAGUCAGAGACAACCUUCAUGAUCCAAGAUCAAUUGCAGUUUUCCCCAAAAAGGGAUUUCUUUUCUGGACUGAUUGGGGUGUACCGAAAAUAGAAAGAUCAUUUCUCGAUGGUUCUUCCAGAAGAGUACUGGUGGAAAAAGGCAUUGAUUUCCCUAUCGGCUUAACUAUUGAUUACGUGGGUAGGAGAAUCUAUUGGGUUGACUCAAAGUUGAAUGCAGAGAAAAUAGAAACAUCCGAUUUACAUGGAAAUAACAGGAUUAUGUUGAGCAUCCAGGCUACGCAUCCAUUUUCGUUAACCCAGCACGAAGACUACAUCUACUGGACUGACUGGAUCCAAAAAUCGGUGAUGCGAGCCGAAAAAUCAACAGGUAGAGACGCAACGGUCAUAAGGCCACAGCUAGAUGCUGCAAUGGGCAUUACGAUGGUCACAGCUGAGCGACAACUCGGAUGGAACCCAUGCGCUGUGAACAAUGGAGGGUGUACGCAUCUGUGCUUGUUCACACUUAAGAACUAUACUUGCGGGUGUCCAGAUACAGGGGCAAAGAACUGUAAGACUGAACCUAAAGAGGCGGUACCACUGCAAUGUCCCACAGGUGGUAACUAUAAAUGUGAUACAGAAGAAGAACCAAUAGACUGUCAGGACGAAAAUAUGUGUGACGCUAUAAGUCCUGGGGAUGAGGACGAAAGAUUGUCAGCUCAACAUUCUAACACGUUUUACGUUAUGAUGCUUGUGCCAAUGGUCUUUAUCGUGACACUAUGCCUGGUCCUGGCAGGGUUCUUACUAAUCAAAAAACGGAAAAAGAAACAUAUUUACGGAACGAGUAGAAGUUUCGCCAAUCCAAAUUACUAUUCACCCAAUAAUGAAAUGAGUGUGGUUCCGAACAAUGGCAAGUUUGUUUGGAAAAGGCUUAAAUAUGACAAAUCUCAGGAGCGCGUCUACGAAGAAACAGUGGGAACGAGCAGUCCAGAAAUCGCCAGUCUUAUCCCAACAAUUCUAACACCAUGCAGUUCCAAUUGCGAAACUGUCACACCGGACAUAGAAAGGUCACCUUCAGUGACCCCAUUGCAUAAGUUGGACCUCAUCAAAUCUGUAUCGUAAUUUGCUCCGAUCUAGUCACCUACUGAAUCAUCCUGAAAAGCAGGGGCUUGCGUCCAAAUCACUACCAUGUGCGGUAUUGGCCAUAAUUGUUGGAUAGUAAGACCUGAAUAUUAAGUCCACACAAUUUGGAGUUCUUUUCAAAUGUCUUCUUCAUCAAACUCUUUUAUUGUACGAUUAAGAAGUAUUUGCACAAAAGGUAUGAGAUCUAUCGAAAUAAGAAUAUUAUCAGAAUUGAGCAUGCUGACCAUGGUUGUUGGCUAUUUUGAAUCGAGCAGACGAAAACACCAUGUUUAUUUGUACAAAAGUUCACGAUAAAAAUGCACAGAAUCUAAAGUGACCUUCGCAUUAUUGAAGAAUCGUCAAACUAGCAAUGACAAUAAGGAGUCUCUAUCUAGUGGCUGCAAUCGUAAUUUGGAGUGAGGGAAACCCGUGAAAAACAUUAGUCACACACAUAUAUAUAUAUAUAUAUAUAUUUUAUGUUACAGUUCUAAAAAAUUAUAAUAAUAACUAGUUUAUCUGUAUCAAUUAUACGUUUCGGUAAAGCCAAGAACGUAUAAAGAACUGACAAUUUCAAAUAAUUGUUUUGAAUAUAGCGAAUCAAAAGAAAAUGACAUGUUUCCAUUUGGGCACAGUAAAAAAUUAAUACACCUUGACUAGGCUAUAAAUAGGGCGAAUCACCCACCUUAAUCAAAUAGCAGUGCGUCCAGGGUAUCAGGGUAUAAGGAAUUACUCCAAAAACUGUUUCUAAUACCCGCUUUACUUGUUUAGCAAGUGGAAGAGAAAUGUUGAUCAGACGCAUGCGCAAUAACAAAACAGCUGAUUCUUACUAUCAUUUUCUUGCAACUGCACGAAGUCUUCCAUCAAAAUCAAUCAGUUGGAUUUUUUCAGGUUUGUCUGCAAUUUUCGUGGAAUAGUUAGAAACUUACAAGUUACCAAUGCAUUCAAUUGUCCCUAGAUCAGUCCGGUAGUUUGUGUGGUUAUAUUUAACUGUUACAGAUACACGUUUGAUUUUGUGUUUUGAUGUCGUAUGUUCGGUGAUUAAAACCAGCUUUUGGAUAUUAAAAUUAUGUAGUCUGCAGGGUAAAAAAACCCACAUCAAAAUUAUAGCUUAAGAAUGUGACAUUCAUUUAGGUCGGCUAACCUUGCUCGUUUGAAUCAAGGCAGCUGCAAGUGAUUGCAUGCAAUGGUCUUGCGGACUAUAAAACAGGGGUAAUGUAGCCUCCAAACGGGCAAUAUUUUUGUCGAAAUAUUUUGCUAUAACUAAGGCAACAAUACAUGAAAAUAUUGCAUCAAAUGGCCCGGCAAUAUAUCCCGGAUAUAUAAGCUAUAUCUUGACGAUAUCGUCUGCAAUAUGUAGGUACAUAGUUAGAACUUCAUCAGACGGGUUAGACAAGGCUUAACAGAUUUAAAGGUUCUUGAACGAAAUGCAGAGCAAAAGCAGUGAAGGAAAAGUAACAUUAAUUACUUCUUGUCAGAGCAAGGUCGAGUAGCAUGGCAGGAUAGAUACAAUUAAAUACUAUAACAAGGAUAUACACAAAGCAAAUAAUCAGUAGGUCUCUAAAUUGUUUAUAGAUAUGUUCAAUCACAAUAAAAUCAAGUACAAAACAUUAGAUGUUGCACUUUCACCUACGUUUUGAGUAUCUUGAGUGAGGACAAAUGAGGUGGUUACAAAACCAAAACAUUUUGAUUUGCCGCACACGUUGCUGCUUUUACACUUUUUCCUUUGUUCCGAUUUUGCGAACAUUCUUCAACUUCUAAAUUUUUUAUAUGCUUUUUCAAGAGAUAUAUUGGAUUUUCCUGCUAUUAUUUGCAUUCCAGACUAUAUAUAUAUCCCUGACUCAACCUUCCAUAGUUCGUGAAUGUCAUUUAUAAAGUCAAUCAUCUUGAUCUUCUGUGUAUUUUCGUUGAGAAACUUCGUACAAAUAUUAUAAAUGUCAAUUUUAGUUUCGUUUAAAGUGCAAAAGUUAAAAAAAUAUAAAAAUUGUAUUAUGAUAAAAAAAUCCCGUAUAGAGUUUAAAACUAUCUGAGGGGUUGUGUUAUGACAAUUAUUUGCAAUAAUGCCCAAUGCUGAGAUUUGUUGCUUAACGCUUGAGUGACACAUGGUAGUUUAGCUUAGUGGACAAAAGCUAAUUCUAAAUUGUAUAUAAGGAUAUUGUCAAAUUAAGGUGACUGACAAUAAAGACAGAACUAACAGUAUUAAUAGUUAAAGCAAAAUUUGGGACUUGUGCCAACAAUCUAUAAGGAUGGAAGAACAUUAAAUAGCGUUUUUGUAUUUUUGUAUAAACGUAUCUCUGUUAUAAUUUGAUAUUAAUUAUAUCGGCACUGUAAUGAAUCGCCUGUCUUUCUUUUUGUUACGGAAGAUAUGCAUCGCGCAAGAAUUUUAGCAUUAAUAUUAUAAACUGAACUUUGAUAUGAACUAAAAAAAAAUCAUUAUGAAGGCCAUAAUUGUAACACUAGAGAGGUGAUAUUAUGCUAUUACUGAUUUCUAGUAUUUGAAUGACGCGUUUAGCUGAAAGAAAUUUAACAUGACAGACCAAUGUUCCAACACCUCUAGAGUACCAUAUGUUACACAUAACGGAAACAAGUCUAAGGUAUAAGCCUAAAGAACUCCCCAUAUUGCUAUAAAAAAGGAUAAAACAACUUUAAUACUAAAGAGCUACUAUAAAGCUAGCGAACAACACCUCUUUGUUUCUAACAUGUGAUUAGCUUUAAUAAUUAUUUUU